GCUGCCGUGGACUCAAAAGUUGGAAACGUAAACAAUGGCGUCGCCGCUGGCAGCGUCGGCUCCGUUUUCCGGAUCUUCUCGGGAAAUAGCUUAACGCUCCGGCUGUUCUAAGUGAAUGUCAGGGACGGGAUGCGAGGGGCCAUCGAACCCACUGACCUGUCCAGUGAGCGGAUCGGGACGGAUCAGGACUCCCGCAACGCAAACAGUUGACGCUGGUUGCCAUGGAUACGCCAUCAGCUGCUCUCGGCUUUGGACAAAUGCACAUGGGCCGCUAUCUGAUGCUCUGCGUGUGUGGUACGCUGAUAGCGAUGACCACAGGAAUACCAGUUAAAAGAAUCCUUCCUUCUCCUCGAUGGACCACCAAAACACCUUCACUUGUGAUUCAGGGAAAUAGGAUUGGUCGAUUGUGGACAGAAAAAACAGAAUAUUUAUGGGCUGAAGGUCCGUCCGGAGACGGCCCAGCAGAAGAAUGGGAAGGGACCCCACUCGCGGAUACUAAAUUUGCCUCUAAGAGCGACGAUGGCUACAAAACUCGAUCUCCUCUGCCAGAAGAAAUUUUUCCCAGUUAUUCAGAUCCUUUUCCCACUAUAAUAGACACAGUGAUAGAAAGUUCUGAGAUGUUUAACGAAGAGCUUUUAAGUCGAAGCUCCGUGCCUUUCGAAGGUCCCUCCUCCUUGCUCAAUACAUUCAUCUUUAAGCCUAGUCUUCAAAGUGAUUCAUAUAUUAUUUCUCCAACGCCGACUGCUGAACUUUCAUCUUUUCCUACAGGCAGCAUGCGCGUUAUAAGUGCAUCUUGGUAUGGGAUGAUGGACUAUGAGUCUCCAUGGUUGGAAAAGUCUGAUCGACGAGCAGUAUCAGAAACACCAAGUGAAAAUUUUGUUAUUGUCACUGCCAUUUCAGCAACGCAUAUUUACAGUCACAGUUACUGGACAUUUUCCUAUCUCAUUACUCCGUCCCUUACUAUCUCAUAUAGCUUAAUGACACCUAAACUGCCAUCCGAAUUCUUUUCUUACGCCAAUAGUUCAACAACAACAAAAAUCAUUCCGACCGGCGAAGUAACUGCCACUUCGACGUCACAUAUCAUAAAACCAUCUGUCUCUUUGAUGAGUUCUUUUGAUGAAAAUGUGAAUACUUUUAAUGGUUCAUUACCGAAAAGCUCACUUCAUAAUCAAUAUUUUAUUUCUUCAUCUGUGGAUUCAAUUUCCAUAGCAUUAUUUUCAAACGUUCCCUCUAGUUCGAGAGGUAUUUUCUUACCAGAAGUUUCUACUCAAACAUAUAUUCAUGAUGCUUUUGCUGAUAUUUCCUUAAACCAUAGUCUUUCUUCCGAAUUUAUAAUCAAGAGCGUAUCUCGCUUAGACUUUACGUCAGCAGAAGACGUAAUUAGUCAGAAGUUUACAAGUUCAAAUAAUGGAGUAUACUUGAUAGGUGAAAGCAUGUUGACAAUCUCUUUUCACUCGGUGAAUGACGUACAGACUACAGUUACUGUAAUUGGUUACAGCGACAAAUCAAGUGGGUUUUCCUUGCCUACUCUAACCGUUAGAGGCACUGCAGUCGGAAGCAGACCAGACAAAAUUGCCAGCCAUACUGUAGAUACGUCUUUUAAAAGUUCGGUUUUUAGUAAAGAAAGUGUAUUUUCCUCUGAAACAUACUUGACAUCAGAUUUUACAGAAACUCAUAUGACGGAAGUACCUAAGUUUACAGAAUUUACAGAAAAUAUACCAGUUAUAUCCUUAUGGCCUUUAUCUGAAGAGCUUCCAUUUGAAAAUAUAAAUUCUAUAUUUUCAUCGGAGUUUCAUACUCCAACCACAAUUCCUUCUCAUUUAGUCGAAACUCCGACUAUAUCAUCUUACUUUCAGCAUGUUUUUAGCGUAAAUACUUCACACGGGACUAAUGAAGCAUUUACUAGUCUGAAAAGUCAUUCAGUUUUCGAAACAACUUCAAGAUAUUUCGAAGCAACAAAAUCCGUGAGUUCUUUAAUAUCCAAUGACACAGAAGGUGACAACAACAUGGAACAACUGGUCACUUCUCUGAGCUUAUUUCAUAGUGAACUUCGAACAGAUUCUGAAAAUAAAUCACAUAUCAACCAAAUUACAAGCAUAUUUCCAAAAUCCAAGUUUUCUAAAGAAAUAACUUCAGAUUAUAUCAUUCCGAGCCAAAUUUCAGGUGCAUUUUUCAGCUAUCAGACUCUUGCUUCUUUUACGGAGGAAAAAUCUGAUAUUGGCUCAACACAGUUUUAUCAUCCUAUAUUUACUAGUUUCAGUGCAUUUAACAAUUACAAUGAAAUAUCUGAACUACGGGAGCCCACUGUAACGAUGGACAGAGAAAUUAAUGAAAUUAUCGAAUCGCAACAUGAGACAACUGUUUUGAAUAUACCACAGACAUCUAUUCAAACUAAAUUAGAUUACAAGACUUUCACAUCAAGUAAUGAAAUGGCAGCCUUUCAAACAUUUUAUUAUUCGGAAACAGAGCUUGACAACUCCGUUACACAUCAUAUUACGGUAAGGUCUUUGAGAGAUUCAUCGAUUCACGAAAUAACUCCCGAAUAUAAUGACUAUUCAACCGUGAGUGAAUAUCCACAAACUAGUCAGUUAAUUUCCUUUCCAGAAGAUUCUCUUUCUGCCACUUUAAGUUUAGCAGCUGAUUAUACCACCUCUUUUGUUGAAAAUGUAUCUGACAUGAGUGUGGAUUUAACAACGAAAUCUUUAUAUAAUAAAAAUGUUAUCCCAUCAGAUACAAGUAAGAUUUUGGAUAUUUAUUUACUACGCAGCACAGAAAAUGUAUUGUCUGAAGAACAUGAAAUCAAUUUCCCUUUAAGUAUUCCAAAUAUUCCAUCCGUAUCUGGUGAUGUAAGUAGUCCAAAAUUUGAAGACAUCUACUUGACAUCGUCCGAAAUCAAAAAAUUCAUAUCAAGUACUCCUACCAUGACCGAAGAAGUAACCACUUUUGCCUUUCUGGAUACAUUAAUUCUUUCUUCUUCAUAUGGGGCAAAACCUUCUGACACUGAACUAUUUGACAAAAGUAAGACUUAUCUCAUACCUACUCCUUCAUUUUCUCAAAGUUUUUGGGAAAGUCUUGGAGAUAGUUACGAUGAUGUAAUUUCCCAUGAAUUGAGAAGUUCCCCUGUGUAUUCCCAAACUUUUGACAAGUCUGAUGUUCUAUUUAUCAGUUCGGAAGAAGAAAUGCUUCAGGAUUCAUUUCUUACAACCUUUCGAAGUUAUGGUGAGAAUUUAACUCCAACGAGUCCUACAUUUGUUACAGUCUUAGAAAAUUUCUCCACAGUUUCUGGAAGUUUUUUUAAUAUAACGGACUUGGAAAGUUUUCUUCCACUUCACCCUUCAAGCAAAUUCAAAGAUUCAUCAAAUACUACAAAGUCUGAAUAUCAUUCAGGAGUAGAAACUUCGGAUGUGAUUAAGACUGAAGUAGAUCAAAGUUCUACCGUUGUUUUUACUGACACAAGUAAUACUGGAAAAUUUACAGACAGUGAUAAAAGUAGAUUUGAACUAUCAUCAAAAUCCUAUUAUUUAACAAGAAGUAUUGGCUUUUCAAGCCAUAUGCAAGUUUCUACUCGUAAUAUUCCUUUUCCAAGUGCAUCUGAAGAUUUUGGCUCCGAACAAUUUAGUGGUAUAAGUAAAGCUAUGUCAAAAAAUUACACAGAAAAGUCUGAUAUUUUUGAUCAAGUAGUUAAUGAGACUUAUAAUCUUCCUGGGUCCGAUCUUGCAAGCAGUGAGUUGAUGAGUACUUUUUCUAUCCUUUCUUCUUCAGGUUUCAUGGUAUAUCAAACACCGACAUUAUCUUAUGUCAAUAGUGUUGAUAGUGGAGGCUUUCAUGAGACAGCCCUAUCUGUUUCACGCGAGUAUGAUGAAUCUAAGACUGAUGCUAAAGUGUUAUCUACUGAUACCUUCGAAGCAAGCAGCGAAGUGGAAGAAAUGCCAUUUAAAAGCUUACCUGAUUUAUUUCCUACCCCUUCUAUUGACCCGAGUAUAAAUAUAUUUAGUUACCCUGACUUUAUUAAAAGUACUGAAUUAUCCGCGAAAGCAAUCAGUGAUAUGCAGGAUGUAUUAUCUGAGCCAAGCAUAAAUUUUCCAUUUGUUGAGACUGAAGUACUGAAAGGCAGCGCCGCUGAGGAAUUUAGUUCUCAUUCUGUAACUAAACAUACUUUAUCACAAGCAACAAUCACUGAAUACAUUCCUAAAUUGUCUCCCAGUACGAAUUUCACUGAAAUAAAAGAUCCAGCAAGCAUAGGAUCUGGUCAACCUGUUCCAAGAUCUUCAUCCCUAGGUUUAACAAUUAAUAAAGUUCCAUCAUUAAUCUUAAGUGGGUAUCAAACUUCAGUGUCAAAUUUAAGUGCUACCCCUUCAUUACAUGAAACUGAUUCUAAAUUUCUAAGUUCUACUCUUAUUUUGACAGACUGGAAAAUAAUUAGUCAAGAAGCAAAUUCAACUUUCAAAUCAUUUGAUUCGAAAAAAAUGAGUAAUAAAACAACUCCUAAUUUUGUCUCAUCAGAUAGGAUUAGUAGAACACUACCAGCUAUGGUUUUAACAGAUUCCAAGGUAACUAUAAAUAAAGUAACUCCGCUUUUGCUUUCAUCAGACUGGAAGGCAACUAGAAGCAAAACAGCUCUGUUGCUUGCUUCGUCACCUUUUACUGAUUCUGAAUUAAAAUCAACCUUGUUCAGUGAAGAAAGCACAUCUCCGGGUUUCGAUAAUGAUACACUCAUGGUUUCUGUUCUAGCUGUCAGCUCUUUCACUGGCUUUAAUAAUUCAAAGAAUAUUACCGCUGGAUUUGGUAUCAGUGGAACAUCAAAGAACGAGUGGCCUUAUUCUACUGCUGGAACGUGGCCCCUGCCCACAAUGGAUACUGCACUGUUCAAGGACAACCACUACUGGGUUCUUUCAGUGCUGGAAGCUCCAAUGAAGGAUUUGCCGGAGAAUUUCAGCCACACGAUGGAAAUCCGUUUCGCGAAUGCCUAUAGCGAAGCCUUUCGUAGACGUGCAGUGAAGAAAGGAAGCAAUGAACCAGAAGACAUGAUUAUUGUAAAAAUCUUGAGUCUCACCAAUGACAUCCUACUUCGUCAACUGGAGAUCAUAUAUGUCGUCGAGAAAGGAGGAUCUCUCGUGCCUGCCACCAUCGCUUCCAAAUACCUGAGUUCCCUGACAUAUGAACAGCUGAGGGAAUUUUUGGGCCAUCACGCUAUUGUGAAAGCAAGGCCUUAUCAACCAGAUAAAGAAACAGAAGCCAAGCCCCUAGGCUCUCUUAUUCCUGUUGUAGCUAUAAUCUGUGGAAUUCUGGGUGGUCUUUUACUCAUGCUUUGCUGUUUAAUCCUUUAUUGGCGCUGCUGCAGACCUAAACCUGCUCCAUCCAGUCCAGCAUCCUCCGCAAGUGGUUCAUUGCAGCGAUCGCUCUCAAAAUAUGGACAACAUAACAGGAAACAUAUGUUUCAAGAAAUGGCUCAUCAUUUGACAACGGAAAUGGCAACGCAGAUGAAGCAAGGAUCCGCUGCGCAUGAGUUGUACUACCCAGAAAAACGUGCACCCUCUGGUAGAAGUUUGCCUGCUUUGCCUAUUAAAGGAUCUCCUGAAGAUGAACCUUGUACUCGUGGCUACGAGAAAUCCAUGAAAAUACUGAAGAUCUUGGAGAAUAAAGACGCCGCUACCAGUCCUAUCCCAGGAAAGCAUUCCAAAGGAAUGAGAGAGACAGAUGAAAAUCCAUUAGAAAAGAAGAAGCAAACGAAACCAAAAAAGCGACGAAAAAGCAAAGAUUCACUCGAUCAAAGGAAAGAAGAAAAACAAUCAUCCAGCUUACGCCCUGUACCACCUUUACCCAAAUCAUCAUCAAAAAUGGAAGUUUCUGAUGCUCAAAAGGAAAAAGAAUCUCCUGAUUCAGGGACUUCUAGCAGGCAAUUUUCAUCUCCGCCGAAUUCAGAUAAAGGAGGAGAGGAAACAGGAAGUGAUGGAUCUAACGCUGAACUGCUGCCACCUCUUCAAAAUUUAAUUUCUCGUUCGAAAUCUGAAUGCGAGGCGGCGACAGCCGAGACUCAUUUGCACCUGUCUAGGGUAAGACAGAGGAUUUCCGAUCUCUUAGAUGAUGCAUUUGCCUUAGCAGGAGGGAGGAAGCUAUACGGCAGUCUACGAAGUAAGAAGGUUGAUCCCGCAACUGAUAUGUUCCCUCGAUUUGCCAGUCUGAGAUCCCACUCCGCAACAGAAGAGCAGAUUUGUUCUACAAAGGCAGGAGAUGAAGACAGGCGUCCCAUAUCUGAAGGAGAACAAAGAAUACUCGGUGUCAUUACUGAUGAUGGGAAGCUGAUCACCAGGCCACCACCCAAACUUGUUUGGGAACAAGAUGAUGAGCACUCAUUGAAACAUAUUGAUAGACCUGUUGGAGAAAUCACGGAAGCUCGGAACAGGCACUUGAACUUUUUUCCUUUCCAUCAACAGAAUGUCCGGCAUCUUCCUUCUGUUUCUACCUCUUCGUCUUUGCCUGUCUUGGAUACUCUGCAAGAAACUCUCCAAGAUACAGUAAUACCGUCCGCAUCUGCUAUCAGUCUUCUAAGAGAAGCGGCAUCGGAACUUUACCUUGCUCAUUCUCCGAGGAUUAACCCCGCUGUAGUAGACGAAUAUGACGAAAUAGACGUCGUCAGUGCCCUGAGGAAUGGAGAACCUGUUGCGACGCUCAUCCAGGCCAUCAAAGACGAACUUCAGAAGUUCAGUGGUUCGAUUCCAGGAUCGAAUACUGGUGAAAGCCAUGCGUGAACUCCAGAUGUAUGAACUGCAAUUUUUGAAACAGAAAUAAAGCUUUGGUUUCACAUUUCUAAGAUGUAACAUGCUCCUAAAGACCUUAAUUAAAAUAUGGAUCAUUGUAAAAUACUUUUUAAGGCUUUACUGUGAAUAAAGAAUUUGUACCCAUUAUUAA